AUUACGAAAGCUGUGUUUAAAGUUAUCGCAUGGUAGCCGUAAUAAUAAACAAUGUGUUUGUAGGAUGCGAAUUCAGGAUAUUUGCUUAUACGAAUAUUAUAAUUAAGGCGUUGCAUAUAGAGGUUGCAGGUUGAAUAAAAUCUCACACGUGUUCAGGAUUAUUGUUUUUUAUCUACAGAUAGGGAUUGCAGGUAUUUACGGAGCUACUGAUCUGUUCCAUCUGUGUUGAAUCAGCUAAACCUGUUUACCCCAUCAUGCUCACAGGGCUGGAGAUGCUCAUACGGAGUCUAAUGUGGUCGUGUGAUUAACAGUUUGCAAUUACUUGGGACUUUGUACUUUAUUUUAUUAAUGUGUCUUCUUGAUGAGCUUCACGUGUUUUAACAGAUUACAAGAAAAAACAAAUCUGCAGCGUAAUUAUCGGUGUCUGCAAGCUGACACGCCUGAUCCUACCGUAUGCUCUUUGAGUGUAGCUUGUGUUGUUGUUUUGUGUCAGUCGCUAGUUCAAGCGGUUGUUUUUUUUAUUUCGAGUCUUAUUUCUGUGCUUGCGGACAAUAAUAGCUGCUGACCGAGUCGUAUGUAUGUGAGCAAGCUACCGUCUUUCCUUGAUCAAACGAAGCUGCUUUCGCAGCGAGUGUCUUUAUUUGCUGACUCGAAGAUCACCGAGUCUUUGUAAUUAGCAAGAGAGCCUAUGGUGUUCACAACUGGGACCCCUUUGCCUUAAGGAUCUGGAGCUUUUAGAUUAAUUAGAGUUAACCUGUGCCUUGCUGAAUUUACAGCUAUUGGUUAACUAUAUACAGAACAUAUCUGUUCUAACAGCUUUCUUUAACUUUGCGAUAUGAUUGUUUCUGAAUUUAACGUGUUUAUCAACUGGGGUAGCAGAAAAAGAUCCCAAAACGGAAAAUAAUUCUAACAAUAUUUAAAAGCAGAGUCCAGUCAUUCUGGUAAGGUACAUCAAAUAUGUGACAUCACAUGUUUGCAAACUAGAUGUUAGCACCAUGUGUGUUCUUUAAAUAUGUUUAAUACAAUUCCUGUGAAAAUUCAGAUUCAUCUCAUGCUAUCUGAAGUUCAGUUUCAGGGCUAGAUUAGUUACUGUGCAGAUAGGAAUUGCCAGUUUUCAACUCAUGAGGAAGUGUCUAUUAGGUCUCACUGUAUAAUUUUACUUCAGAUUGUGACUGAUGAGUGAAUUCUCACAAGACUAGCCCAGACAUUAGUGACUGUGAGCAAGUCUGUCAUAGUGAAUGAGUCUAAUCUAAGGAAUGGAAAACUGAACAGCCCAAAUCACCUUUAAACAGAAGACUGCUACAAGUUACUCUAGUUGAACACCGUUGAGAAGAGUCAGCGCUGCACCACGUGCUUUUGGCCGCGCCUGGUCCCCUAUGGUUGGUGGACGACCUCUUAGGGCUGACAGCUUUUCUGCAGGAGCAGGAGCAGGAGAUGGCCACCCCUUUCGUUCCCGUGCCAGUGCCUAUGGAAGGCGCGGCCUUGCCCGGUGGGGCCCGACCCCGGAGCCAAAGGAGUCCGUCCUUUGGAAGCAUCUCCAGCAGCUCCAGUUCCUCCAGGGGCCCCGGUGACGACGCCGGCUCUGGGAAAAAGAGCAGCCUGUCCGAGCAGUCGUGUGCCACCCCGCCGCAGUGCCAGAGCCCCGUGAUCAGGACUAAGCUGAAUGGGGCUGACUCUGCCAUGGAGUACUCCAGCUGUGACCGGGUGCUGCCGCCAGAGGCCUCCAGCUGGGAGGAGCGGCCGGCCACGCCCACCGUGCUGGGCUAUGAGGUCAUGGAGGAACGAGCCAAAUUCACCGUUUAUAAGAUUUUGGUGAAAAAGAGUCAGGAGGAGAGCUGGGUGGUCUUCCGACGGUACACAGAUUUCUCCCGGCUGAACGACAAGCUCAAGGAGAUGUUCCCUGGCUUUCGCCUCUCCCUUCCGCCGAAGCGCUGGUUCAAAGACAACUAUGACCCAGAUUUCUUAGAGGACAGGCAGCUGGGGCUGCAGGCCUUCCUACAGAACCUGGUGGCUCACAAAGACAUUGCAAACUGCAUGGCAGUGCGGGAGUUCUUGUGCUUGGAUGAUCCUCCUGGUCCGUUUGACAGUCUUGAGGAGAGCCGAGCUUUCUGUGAAACUUUGGAAGAGACAAAUUACAGACUGCAGAAGGAACUGAUUGAGAAGCAAAGGGAAAUUGAAUCUCUCAAGAAGAUUCUGGAAGAAAAACAGCUCCAUAUUGAUGUCUUGGAAAAAAGAAUAAAGGAUGUGCCUCUUGGCCCGGAGAUCCUCCGCAGGCCGUCAGGACAGGGGAGCGAGUGCAGUGUGGACGGGUAUGUGGAGUCCUCCGCUGUGGAAGCUGACCAAGAAAUGGGAGAGGACAAUGGCCCUGAAGUCCAGUCAGCCAAGCUGAACCAUGUGGCCUGCUGGUGUGGUCCUGUAGCAGGAAGCUCUCCUCCCGUGAUAGAAGUUGCCCAGGUGGCAGAAUCAUUUCAGGAACAUUGAUUAUUUUUCUUCUCCUCUCCGCGCUGCAUUUGGAAAUCUCUUCACCUGAGAAGCCAGCAGGGAGGAGUGUCAGGGUCCAGAACAGCUUCUCCUCCCUGGGCUUUUCACAGACAUCUGCAAGGAGUCAGUGCUGUACAGAGAAGCAAGGAUAAUCGAGCCCAGGAUUUCCCUGGUGUUUUGAGUUUGGUUUACGUUCUUCUGCUUUUCAAGCCAGACAUUUUAAAUCUGUUCGCUUUCCUUGCUGAAUGGGUAUGUCCUGUUUUGCUUUCUAACUCUGAUACUCCUGAGAACGAAUUAGAAACAAGAUGGAAUGUGGCAAUGUGAACCACACAUAUUUUACUAUUUCUUUAAUCAGCCUCCAGUAAUAGUUGUAAUGCACUACAUUGCUUCACACUGCCAAUGCUGUAAAUAACAAGUUCAAUGAAAAAUAAAGCCAUAUUUAUCAAGUUGUUGUAUUUACACCCAAAAGUCACUUAUAGCAAGGUUAAAGGAAAGGUCAAUUGUUAAAUUUAGGAACAACUUUUAGUCACUGAAAGUGCUGAUGCUGCUUUCUGGAAGCAAAGAGGUGUAGAUCUAAGGUGUCUUUGCCCUCACUAGAGGACAGUAGGUUAAAACUGUUGCUACACAUAUUGUGCUGUCUGUAGACACGUUUUGGGUUGUGGUCAUUUUCUGCAAAUACAGCUGAAUGGAACUCAGAAUUUAAAUUUGUGUGAUAUGAUACCACUUAGUCUGGUUUCGUUGUCUAAUUCUACUGUUUACCAGAAAAAAAGGUGAGUUUAGAUACUGUCGGCAGUUUAUCAGAGUCAAACAAUCUCUACUUGUCCAGACCAGUACCACUAAUAAAAUGGUGGCUUCUGGCUUCUGAAGUGCCGUUGAUUCUCAAAUUGCCUUUCACUUCUCUAAGGAAAUCUGGAUAUGAAUCAAACUUGGGUGAAACAUUCUUGAUAAAUGUGGUUUGUGGUUUUCUUUGUAGAAUGUCAGAUUUUCCUGGACCUGGACUGUGUUUUCGAUAUGAUAUUGAAAAUUGUGCUCUUUAUUAUUUUACUUCCCUGCUUGCUCUAAACCACAGAAAGCCCUUCAAGCAAUGGACAGAACAAGAAUCCAUAAAUAGAUAGUUGCAUAAAGGAUUGAGAAAAAAAUCCAUAGACAAAACAUUUCUAUAAGGGUUUAAAGAUAAGAAAUGUAUAUAUAAUUGCAUUCAUGAUGUCAUCAUGUAUACAGUUGUAUACAUACACCUUGCAUACUGAAGCAAUGCUGUAAAGAAUGCAUCUAAUGUACAUACUCUGAUCAUUGAUUUAUACCUUAGAAUAGCUAAAUACAUUGAAAAGCAGAAAAUCUUGCAAAACGAUCAGCCCCUAUGCAGUCUGUAUAUACAUUUCAGCAUUUUCUGCAGUGCUUUAGUUUGAUUUACAGGUGACAGGGACAGUGAAUUGAUUGCAGAAGUUAACUCAUGGUGAGUGUCUAUACAGAAGGGCACUGUGGAAGCUUGAGGUGAGGUCUAUUUUUGCAUUUGUUUCAAGAGCAAUCAAUGUUAAAUGAAACAUUUAAAAUAUUUGUUAAUUUUAAAUCAUGCUGCUAAUCACGUUUUAUCUAGUUACAGAUAAAUCUGCUAGAAUUGGUUUAUCUACCAGAGUCUUUGUGUUGGUUCCUUUAGCUGUAACUUUUAUAAAUGAGUGUAUGAGCAGCUACUGAUGAUUGACUACAUUUUGCUAUCAACAGAAACAGCAAUAGUAAUAGGGUGAUCCACAGAAAUCUGGCUCCUCAAUAAUACAGUGUAAAAAACAUGUGGCUUUUAGUCAGUGCAGUGAACUUUUCACCUAGCCUUAACAAUUGUUAUUUUUGCCAUUGAGUGCUUCGAAUGUCUUAUGUACUAGAUGUGUUUCCCAGUCCUUGGCCUGGAGUAAUCCUGUACCUUAUGGUUUUCAUUCCCACUGAGCACUUAAUCAGUGAUCCUCUUCAAUCCCUUAAUUGAACCAAUUGAUUGUUUUUUUUCAACACUCCAGACUUGUUCUGCAAAUAUUCUCCUUUAUAUGUAUCAUUUCUAAGAAAUAUAGUGAGCAGCAUUCUGUUUCAUCUUGGUUUAAAUUUGCAGAUACAGUGGGAAUAACUAUCUCACACUCUCAUAAUGGGCAUUCUAAGUGCUGAAUGGACCCGUUGCCAUAAUUCAGCCAAGCCGUUGAAACACUAAACUUAAGUGAGAGGAGCGGUAGAACUCACUGACACAGGUUGCACACCAAUUUCUAACUUUGUUCUUCUCUUAAAGAACUAAAACAGUUUUCUACAUGUAAACAGUUCAAUUUAACAGCAUGAAGAGCCAAAUGAAGAGGUUGGAAUUAAAACUAGACACUCCUUGAGAACUCAGAGUCUAGAGCAUUGUUUCAGAACUGCAUGUCUCUCUGUUCUGUGUAUGUCCCUCUGACAUUUCUCAUGUGGGAGCAGGUGUUUCUGAGAUUUGCUAUCUGAUCCCUCAAACAUACAAGGAAGUGCUAACGAAAACAGGCUGAUGUCCACAUUUCAUCUUGUCUGGUGGUAAUGAUAGUGACAUCAAUCUUUUCAGCACACAUUUCAGUGCCUGGUUGUACACGAGAAAUGGUCAGUUUCACUCAUACAGCCUAAACACCGCUACUUGCCUCAUUGCGGGGCUCGAAUCCAGGCGAGGACGUGUCCUAUUCACUCAGCCACUAUAUGGGAAGAGCCCUAGGAACGUCACAAAGAAGCCAUAUUCUGUGCAACAAAGCAAUGCAAGCCCAGGCAUGGUUUAAUACUGACUGCGCUGUGCUGUUGAAAUACAGCUUUAUAACUGAAACAGACCUUCACACUCACGUUUGAAAAGUUUAACAAAGUCGCAUGAUGCACUUUAUAUUUCAGAGGAAUUGUUUGAGAUACAUUCUGUUGGCAAGGCUCGUCAUUUAGUUCAAACUUCUUUUGAAGUAUAGUGCCUUUUACCUCGUGCUUUCAUCCAUGUACAGUCAGGCUUUCAUUUUUUAUGGUAUUUUUAAAAUGCUAAUUAUAAUUUCCAAGUGCCUUGCUUGCCUUAUGCAGUGGAUUCAGAUGUUUUGCUGAUUUUUUCUUUUAUUAGCUAUAACUGAAUAGUCGAAACUAAAUCUCCACUUUGAUUCUCUGUUGCGUCAUGUGUGAUUUUUAGACUGUAUGUUCAGUAAGACCUAUGUAUAGGACAAGAGGUUGUACUUAAAUGUUAUGGUGUAAUGUUUUUUUUUUACUUUCUGUCAAAGAUUCAUAAUUAAGCGAUGGAGAAUGUUUCUUUCCAAAAGGCUGAGUAGAAAACCAGGCUUCAGUCAUUCCUCAGGACUUUGAGGAAUCUGAAUCUGAAUAAAAAGCAAUCUGUUAUCCUUAUGACAAGACCUUAUUGAUCUGCAAUAUGCAGGGCCCAGACAUUUCAGAUUGUAAAUCCCAUAUGUCUUCGAUAUAAAUCCAGGCUCAAAAUGGAGCAGACACAAACAUGGCAGGAGUGGGAGCCUUGGCCUGGUGCAUCAUGGAGGGCCCAAUGUACACUCUCAUGCAAACACCUGAUAUUGGCAUGGCAGCUGAGGUAAUGUGGGAAAACCAGGCCAUGCCACUAUGGCAGUGUUCUUUUGAAUAUGGCUGGGCUCUGUAGUACAUGGCAGACCAAAAUGUUGCAUUGUGAACAUCUUUUGGUAGCAAGGAUCCACAGUGCGCAUGUGUACUGCUUGUGUUCAUGCAAAGGUUAAACAGCAUUCCCAUUAAGCAUAGUUUAGAAAACUGAUCCCAUUUUGCUUGGCUGGAGCCUUGAGCUUUCCUAAAGAUGUGAAACAAGAAGUACAACUGUGCUGUGCUCCAGUUCCCAAAGGUGAAUUAGGCUGCAGUUCUUCACUGUACACCAGGAUAUCCUAUUAGCAAUCUGAAGGAAAGAUUCAGAGUUUAUUUUUACCACUGCUUUUUUUAAGUUUGUGCAUGGAUGUACUUGGGGGGAUUAUUUCCAGACCAUUAUGUCUAUUUAUGGGCUUUAAUAAUUCUUUAUAUUAGAUAAAAUCUUUUUAAUAAAACAACUUGAUUAUGAAGUUAUAACAUAAUCUCUUGAGUUAAA